AUACUAUUGUGUUAUUUUUGUCUACUUCAGUAUUUGCAGCUAUAUAUACCUUUGAUUUCAGAAGCCAUUAUGUUAUGAAUAUUUUGUGCGAGGACAAUCCUAUAUUAGCGAUUUUAUUUGCAAUAUGUUUCAUUCUACUAGAUCCUGUCUUGCAUUCUAAAUUACAUUUUAGUUUACCUAUUUAUCAAAUGCUGCUACAAUUAUUGUGUUGUUCUUUUAAUAUUCGUGCACGUCUGCUAAACAACUUUUCAAGACCUCACAGUGUGAUUGUUGUUAGUUAGUAUAAGAGGGGCCAACAUUUUGUUCAUAAUUUUGCAAUAAGUUUUAAUUAUAUCUUUUAUACCUUAUAAAUCUAUUAUAUACAAUGAAUUUUAUUUUCCAUUUUUUCUUCUCAUAAUUUUAUAAAUACCUGAGCUUUCAACUAUUUUUGUGCCAAAGGCAUUUUAAUUUCACUGCAAUAAAGUGCAAAACAUUUGGUAUUUGAAAAGUAGGAUGUCUAGACAAAAAGUGUCCAAAUUAUGUACCUCACUAAAAAUCCAUUGCCUAGUGACUAAAAGCAUUAUUCUUAUCUGUGAUGGCAUCCCAGGAUAUAAUCUUGGGUUUGACUCCUGUGCCACUACCUCACCCAUGGUGGGUUACUAGGUAGGCAAUGGCAAAGCAGCUCAUUACAAAUCAGCCUCAUUACAUAUAGCCUUAAUUGUGUUGUAUAAAAACAUUGUGGAUUUGUCAAGCUGUCAACUAAUUUAGUGCCAAAAUCAAUAUAGUGUAGCAAUACUUUAAAAAACAGUUGGCAUUUGGAAACUUUUGUCUUACAAUCAAUCAUUAGGUACGAUUUGAUUUUUGAUAAAAUUUGGACUGAGAUUAAAUUGCAUUUAAAAAUAUGUUCCUACUUAUAUUACAGUUACAGCUGACAUGCAAGUAUGCAUGUUUUAGGCAUUUUUAGUUUCAUUCUGCUGUAUGCUGUGUCCUAUGCAAACUCUGAUCGUCCAAAUGUUGUUUUUAUUCUUGCUGAUGAUUUGGGGUACAACGAUAUUGGAUAUCAUGCGAUCAACCAUGAUUCAGACAUGAAAACCCCAUAUCUUGACCAGCUUGCUAAAGACGGAAUAAAACUUGAAAAUUAUUACGUUCAACCGAUAUGUACUCCAUCUAGAAGUCAACUUAUGAGUGGAAAAUAUCAGAUACAUACUGGAUUACAACAUGGUGUUAUCUUAGCUGGCCAUCCUGAUGGUUUACCAUUGGAUAAUAUAAUUUUACCGGAACAACUUAAAAAUUGUGGCUACGACACUCAUAUGGUAGGAAAAUGGCAUCUUGGGGAUUUUAAAAAGGAAUAUAUGCCGCAAUAUAGAGGUUUCAAUUCAUUUUAUGGAUAUUUAAACGGCGCUGAAGAUUAUUAUAAACAUACUGUUAUGAGCAAUAUUUAUACUGAAGGGGUUGAUUUCAGAGAUGAAAACGGGCCGUUCAAUACAACAUGGGGCCAAUACUCAGCUCACUUAUUCACUGAUCGAGCUAAAAAAGUUAUCGAUGGUCGUGAUAAGUCAAAACCACUGUUUCUGUAUCUUCCGUUCCAAUCUGUACAUUAUCCAAUGCAGGUGCCAGAUCAUUACAUGAUACCAUUUGCUCAUAUUAAAGAUAAAACAAGACGAACAUAUGCAGGAAUGCUUGCCGCUCUUGAUGAAGCUGUUAUGAAUAUAACAGAGCAUUUGAAAACUUCAGGAAUGUUUGAUAACACGAUUAUCAUAUUUUCAACGGACAAUGGCGGACAUACAGAUUAUGGAGGAAAUAAUUGGCCACUAAGAGGCAGGAAAGCGACUUUAUGGGAAGGAGGAGUAAAAGGUGUCGGAUUUGUGGGGGGAGGGUAUUUAAAAAUAUCGGAUAUUAAAAGCAAUAAUUUCAUGCAUGUCUCUGAUUGGCUCCCAACUUUACUCUCAGCAACAAGUUGCGCAAAAGUGCCUGGAACUCAGUCAUUUGAUGGUUUUGACCAAUGGAAUGCUAUUCUUCAAAAGGAGCCUUCACCAAGAAAUGAACUUUUACAUAAUAUUGAUCCGAUUGGUCAUGCGGCAGGAAAAGAACGAAAAUUUGUCAAUGGAUUUGACAUUACCAAAUAUGCUGCGAUAAGAUCUGGAUCAUGGAAGUUGUUAACAGGCGACCCUGGGUUUUCUGAAUGGGUUAAACCGCCAGAAUCACAAAAAUUAAAAAAGGCACUCAACCAUGAAAAAUUCUGGCCACAUAUUGCUGUAGCAAAUGGCUAUGAUCCAUAUUUACAUGAUAAUGGUGCUUCAAUCAAGCUAUUUAAUAUUGAAAAUGAUCCUUACGAACGGGAAGAAUUAUCAGCAAAGUAUCCUUCUGUAGUGAUGGAUUUACUAGGUCGACUAGCAAGAUAUAACUCCACUGCUGUGCCAUGCAGAAACCCUCCUGCAGACAUGAAUGCUGACCCUAAAUAUUUCGGAGGGUAUUGGGGUCCAUGGAUUGAAGGAUGAAAAUAAUGCUUAUUAAUACAGUUUGAUGUGCAAUAAUUUUGUUGUGGGUUUUAGAAAGUCCUGUUACAAUUUCAAAUUUUGUUAUGAAGUCAGUUUUCAAUCUAUUUUAACCAGGUUUCUUUAUUCCAAUCAGUUUUAUUUGAGUUGUUUUCACUUCAUUUGAUAUACCUUUAUAUGCAAACCAUUAGUUGCUCGAAGCUUCAAUCAAAGUUCUUCACCUAAUUUAACCUUCACCUCGCCGCCGUAGGGUAGUUCACGUAAACGAUGAUCGGUUACGGCGCUCUUCGCCAUCAAAUUCAUGCAUCUGAAAACAAAUAACUGGCCAACUAAUCCCAUACGUGGCAUGGACCGGUAACCGGACAAGAAGACAUGUUUUGCUAUUUAUUUCAGCUGUCUUAUUGGCUUCCCUCUCUUCAGAUAAAUAUGUAAAUCCUAUCCUAAUACCAGACUUUAUGAAUGUUCAUACCUUUAUUCAUAUAUAUUAACAAUAUAAAUAUAAUGCCAUAUAAUCUUCUAUCAUUGCCUAAGCUCUUUGCUUAUUCUUUAUCUAACAAAAUGCCUUAUGUCGUAUGAGCAUACAUGGAACUGUUGUAAUGAAGCACUGCAAUGAAAUUUCGAUUUUUUCAAUAUUGUUAAUUUGUUAUUAUAUUUUGUAUAUUCACUGAUAGAAUAAAAUAUUCAUGAUCAAAUUUAGAGAUAAACAAUUUUUAAACUAUAUAGUACAACAUAGAUUUAUAGUAUUAUUUUUAACAGCCUUUAAUACCAUCAUAUCUCAUUGCCAAACUGUGAAAAAAAUUUUGAAAACUUUUUUUUCUAUAGUUUUGACGUCCCUUCCACAAGAUGUAUCCUGGUAUUUAUUUAGUAUGUUAAUAGUCAUGUGCUUGAGACGUUGCAAAUAUGUCACACCAGUUUGAUUAUUGGCAAAUAGGACUGUUUAUUACUCAAAUGCAUUUGUAUUAUGAUUUUAAAUUUUCCUGAAAUCUCAUAUAAGCACUGAACUAUCCUUUUAACAUUUUAAUAUGUGAUUUUAAUUUUUUGAUUAUCAAAUUUUUUUUUAUUCGAGUAUUAAAGUUUUGUAUGAAUUUAAAACAAGCUUUUACAUAAAUUCUUGAUUAUCUUUUAUCUCAAUUUUAUGAAUUAUUUUCAAAUUGUAGUUGUAAAUAUUCAAUACGGAUCUUCACUACCCUGAAAUACAGCUUCAUUUGCAUUGAUAUGUAAUAUCAGCGACAGCAUGGUUCAAUAGAUAUAAAUUCAGAAGCACAAUGAGAAAACUUGAGAAAAUUAGCCAUUGCAUAUCUUCUCAAAAAGUCUGCAAUAGUAUGUGAUGAUAAUAUGAAUGUACUAUAGUGCAAAUAAAAUGUUUACAUACAUAGUUUUGUAAAAAAAUCGAGUACUUUCAAUACAGUAAUUUUAUAAAUUUUGAUAUACGGCCCGCAAUACUAAUCAACAACUGAGAUUUUCUAUUUACGGUAAUACUGUGUAUAUAUAUGAAUUAUAUUCUACAAUUAUAAACUGCAUAUACUACCAUAGCAUAUAUAUAUGAAGGGUGUCCAGAAAAUUUUGCUCAAUUUUAUAGUAUCAACAAUUGUAAGUUUAAAUAAAAUUAUGAGCAUUAAAUUAAUUGAAUAAGAACUACAAGCACAAUAAGAACUAUUAAUAAACAAUCACAAAUUUUUUUUUGAUUAUCAUCACUAUAAAAUUGGUUGAAAUUUUUCGGACACCCUAUAUCCACAGUGCGAUUGGUCCCACCUAAAUAUUACAAUUUUAUACUCCUUACCAUAGCAUAUAUAUAUAUAUAUGGCCUAUAUUCGAACUUUGUUUUUUAAAAUCUGUGCAUUCAUGUCGAUGACAAAUUUAUUAUUCAUGUUUCAAUAUGCCAAGUAAUAAUUAAAAGGAAGUUAAAAGUAUGAUUCAUUGGAAAUUACCCACCUCUAUAAAAGAUUCUUGAAAUCAGUAGGCCUAAGUAUCAGGCACUUUAAAACUAUUUGAAUUGAUUUUGCGUAUUUUCAUAUACCGGUAAGUUAUCAAGUCAGGCCAAGUAUUCAGAUGGAGUUUUCUCUGAAUAAGUCUUUACACAAGCUGGCCAUUGGUAGGUGAGGAGCUAUUAUAAUUUAGGACAGGAAUUUUUUCAUCUCUGCAUUGUUUAGAUUAGUGGUUCCCAAACCAAACGAUUGCAAUUACGGUCCACGUAAUGUUUCAAUAUGGCCUACCGAACUUAAUUGCAAUCAUUUAACAGUUUUUUUUACAUUCUUGGUACCGUCAAUUGUUACAUCAUUAUCACAGUUUAAGCAUGUGUAUAUUUGUUACGAUUCAAUUAUACCGGUAUCUUAAUAAAUAUACGUACCGGUAUCGGGCCCUCACUGGCGCUCUACUCUUCUGACCAGUGAAUAUCCUUCCGUUUCGAAUUUUGUCCCCCAGUCAAUCACCUUUGGGAACCACUGGUCUAGAUCUAGUUUGUUUUGUCAAUGUUCCAUCAUAUACAUAUCUGCUAUAUUCAUUUUUCUCAAGUUUUUUUAAUAUUAAACUUAUCAGUAUAUCUUUGUUGAUUUCAGA